AUGAUAAAUACUAAAUAGCACUUGACUUUUAUUUAAAUGAUUUCAAUAAUGUUUGUUUGAGGGAUAUAUUAUGGAAAGUUUAGAUUUAAAUUUUGUCUAGGAUCGACAUGGAAAGCGCAUUAAAAGUAAACAGUUUGAUAUGAAAAUGCAUACUGGUUGUUUGCAGUAUUGUAGGGACAAAGUUAUUUGAGGAAUAGGAGACGCAAUAUUACGAAUAUAAUCGUCUUUAAUGAAAAAUCUGGAUUAAGGUUGUUCAUUUUUGCUACGUGUUGAAUGUAAACAGGAGAGAAAAUAUUUACAAAAUAGACAAAACGUUUUGUUUUUGAAGGAAAAUAUUGUCUUUGCUAAUGGAUUCAGAUACAACAAGUUGGAAAAUCAUUUCAGUGUUAUGAAAUAAAGGAUAACUGUUUCAUAUCAUAGGGAAUAUUACAAUUAUCGCACGAAGAAAUCGUGCCGGUGGUGGUUGGAUCUAGUUAGAAUGCAUUGUUUCUAGGGUUAAGUCAUACAAGUGUAAUUCUAACUAUUAAGUAGCUAAAGGUGAACGUGACAAAGAUUUGUACAGGACAAGUCAACAUGAAGGAUAUCUUGCAUUUCGGAUAUUCAACGCUACCUCCUAUACGCGAGGAAAUGCAGACGGACAUGAAGACGGACACUGUGCACUACCGCGAGGACGCCACGGGUCAUAUGCUGUGUUGGGGUUGCGGAGAGUUUGGACAGCACGGUCAUGGUUACAAGAAAGAAGUCUCUUUCCUUGACGGGGCUGUUGAAAAGUUCUGUGGUGCACGUGAACAUCAAGUGAAGCACGUGGGAUGUGGGUCGAGUCAUACUGCUGUUGUCACAAGAUCAAAUGAACUGUAUCUCUGGGGAAACGGCAACAGCGGCCAACUUGGAACGAAUGAUCUUUCUACAAAGCUCGAACCUCAAAAGCUUCCACUGUACACCAACCAAGACUCGAACCCUAACGUGGCCGGAGUGUCAUGUGGUGGCAGACACACAGUGGUCUGGUUAGAGAACGGUAAUGUGUUCAGUUUCGGAAACAACUUUCACGCUCAGCUCGGGUACGACUUCCGGCAAAAGAACUACAAGGAAAAUCAGAGUUUCUGGGACGAAGACGAAGAUAAUACCAACCAAUGUGUAACUCAACCCACCCUCCUCAAGUUCCUCUUACAUAAGCCAGUAUCACAGGUGGCUUGCGGGGACAAACAUACAAUUUUUCGUUUCCAAGAUGGUGGAGUUGCCUGUGUUGGGAACAACGCGCAUGGGCAAAUUGGGACGGGUGACCGGGAGGAGGCGGUAAUACCCAAGUUCCUAGAGGGGCUGAAUCAACAAGUCAAAGAUAUAGCUGCUGGUUCUCAACACUCUUUGGCUGUAACAAACUCUGGUGAGAUAUACGUUUGGGGGUAUGGGAGAGCCUGUGGGAGCAAGACAGAGGACGUAUUAGAACCUGUCAAGUUGUCAACUCACAGAAAUAAUGUGAUCGCUGUGGCGGGUGGAAGCACACAUUCUAUGGCACUCACAGCGAACGGAAGUGUAUACACGUGGGGAUAUGGACACGAUGGUCAACUUGGUCACGGUGAGAAAAUCAAGUUCCUGACGUCACCGAAACGUGUCAAAGAUCGUCACGUGACGAGCAGAUGUAUACAGAUAUCUUGUGGAGAAGCAUUCAGUGCAGCUGUAACAGAAAAAGGUCUUUUGUAUAUGUGGGGAAAGAAUAGUCAUACAAUACUACCAGAUAAACCAACAUCUUAUAAGAUUUUUCUUCCUCAUGGUGUGAAUAAAAAUUUCCGAGGUGGGCGUAUAUCUAACAUAUUUUGCGGGUCUUGGCACGCUAUUGCCAUCAUCGGCCGCCCAGAACUGCUGCUACGUGAAGAUACAGAAUCUGGAGAGUCUGCGGAUGAACAAAUACCAAACAUAAAUGAUGUAGAUACCGAGCCAGAAGAUGACGAUGAUGAAGAUACGACAGAUUCGGAAGCAGAUCUGACUAGUCCAUUAUUAAAACGGGAUCCAACCAUGAUGGAACGAGAAAAAACUACUGUAAGCAUUGCAGAUUUUUAUGCACCAACUCCGGAUAUCAAUAAAUCAUAUCGGUCCCCAAGUCCAGAGUUCUAUUUCGCAAAUGAAAAUGGUGAUGAAACAGACCGCAACAAUUUAAACAGCACGAGAUCCGCGGCAACUCUUAUAGUACAACUUCCUGUGCAACCUAUGACGUCAUAUGCAGAUGCUGCUACGUCACCCAUGACACUGACCACAACCACCAGUAGUACGAAAAGUAGCAGUGUAACAACACUUUCACGCGUUCCAAGCCCUGUGAGUGAAAUAGCAAACAAGAAAUUUGACAAAAUUAUGAAAAAAAGAAUCAAACCUGAAAAGAAAUUUAAAGAAUUUGAUCCACAAAAAUAUGAAAGAGAAAAAUUAAGAAGUUCAACAACGCCGGUGUCAGAGGUAGUACAGUUAAGUAAAACUCCUGCAGAUGCUUUUAUUUUGCCCCGUGAGACAACAGGAUUAUCGAGAAAACAUGUCGACUUCUCGGAAAUGGAAGAAAUUAGACUUAAAGGACCAAGAUCCCCGGAAAAACUUUCACGACUUAGUCGUCAUAAAGAAAGUCGAGAGCCUAGUCCAUCAAAAUUUCGCGAACUUAGUCCAUCAAAAUUUCGCGAACCUAGUCCAAUUAAAUUAAGGGAAAGUGGUUCAAAACUGUCAAGACAUAGGUAUUUAGACACUUCCCUGUCUUUGAAAAGUGAUAUAACGUUUAUGGAAAGUCCUUUGUUUAGAAGUAGUAAGAAACAUACUUUGGUAGAAAAGGCUCCGAGACUCCCAGAAACACCAUAUACUGACGAGAGACAGUACACACACCACGUACCAAAACAACAACCUAGGAAAUACAAUAAGCAACCGCAAGUCACGGAUUCAAAUUUUGGGUUACAAAUCUCCCGAUCAAGAACAGUAAUUGCCCCUGUCCCAGUGGACAAUAAUGACCCGGCGGACAGGUUGGCUCAACUCCGUAGAUACGCAGCUAUCCACAACCCUACCAGCUCCUCCGGGAAAGGCAGUAUCGAAAAACUUCGGCCAAUCAAAAACCGUCACGUUAGUAUACCAGGUGUACGCGCAGAGUCACCGGAUGAUGAAAAGGAUCAACUUUGCAUAGGUGGUGCUUUAAAUCCGAAAGACAAACCUGUAUUUAGUAGUGGUUCUACUUGGAGAGAUCGUACUGAUCUUGACAGGCUUGCACAACGCAAGAUGGCGGCCGCCGGUAUUGUUAAAAUGUACAUUGGAAACCACGAGUUAGUUGGGACCGUGGAAAACCCGCUUUAUACAAGUAUAAGUGACGGGCGAGGACACAGUGAUCCCAUUGACAGUGAUACGUUGAUAGUUCAACCAUUAUUAAAAAAGAGAGUAAAACAUUCGGAAGAGUCUAUAAAUUUAGAAUUGCCUAGCAUUGCCAUUAACCAAACACCCAGACAUGGGACAGAGAGGACUAAACUAGCCGAGAAUAAUCUUUGCAAUGAAAGUGAAGAGUUAGAUCUUACUUUAACCAAUACGUCAAGAACUGAUAAAAUGAUAGGUACUCGAGUCAGUUAGGGCUUAAAUGAGACCCGGUCUAUCAGUCCGUUCCCUGAGACACCGGGUCGAGCCUUGCGUGCGGGUAGAAGAGGCCCAAGGAUUGAUGACCAGCUCGCUAAACUAACCCGCUUGUCUAGCAUUAAAACGUGUGGCCAUUUCUAACUGGCAUGCUUUGAUAAUUGGAAUUAACUAAACUUAACAAAUGAGAAACAGCAGUCUUUUAAUAUCAUUGUUGAAAUUUACAUGCAAACCUUAUGAUCUCACAACUUAAGAAAGAUAUUUACAUGGCUUUUUAUCCCCCCGCCAAAGGCGAAGGGGAUAUUAGAAAUGCUCUCCGUGCGUGCGUGCGUGCGUGCGUGCGUGCGUCCGCAAAGAUCUUUGUCCGGAGCAUAACUCCAAAAGUACUGGAGAGAUUUUCUUCAGACUUCAUACACUGAUAGAACACAUCGGGAGGAAGUGCAGUGUGCAAGAACAAUAACUCUACCUUGCCUAUUUUUUGAGUUAUUCCCCUUUAUCUUAUUUUCUUAAACCAUUUUGUCCGGAGCAUAACUCCAAAAGUACUGGAGGGAUUUUCUUCAAACUUCAUACACUGAUAGAACACAUUGGGAGGAAGUGCAGGGUGUAAGAACAAUAACUCUACCUUGCCUAUUUUUUGAGUUAUUCCCCUUUAUCAUAUUUUCUUAAAACAAAUUGUCCGGAGCAUUUCUUCUUCAUGCAUAGAGGGAUUUUGAUAUAACUUGGCACAAAUGUUCACCACCACGAGACAGAAUGUCGUGCGCAAGAUCCAGGUCCCUAGGUCUAAGGUCAAGGUCACACUGAGAGGCCAAAGGUCAGAUACAAGAAUGACAUUGUCCGAAGCAUUUCUUCUUCAUGCAUGGAGGAAUUUUGAUGUAACUUGGCACAAUUAUACACCAUCAUGAGACGAAGUGUCAUGCGCAGUUCCCUUCUUUAGAAUUACCUCCCUUUGUUGUUACUUUAAAUAGCUUUUAUUGUAACUUUUUCAUUACUAGUCGUAGGGAAAAAUCGAGACAACUUUUCUGUAGUACAACAUGCAUGCUACAUCCAAUUUUGAGGUGUAUUUUGACCAAUCUCUAUUUUUUUUUUUUAAGAUUAACUCCCCUUAGUUGUUACUAUAAAUAACUUAUAUUGUAACUUUUUUAUAACUAACCGUAGGGAAAAAACAAGACUACUUUUCUGUGGUACAACAUGGAUGUUACUUUCCAAUUUUACGUGUAUUUUAAGAUAUCUCUACCUGGUAAGGAGUUUUUUGUGGACUUAGAAAAACAAAAGACUUACAGUGAUUACUAAACAACCACAAAAUUAAAAUUCCAUUUGCAAAUACAGCUGCUAGAGUAAAGAAAUUUGCUGUGACGGGCAUAUAUUGUGACAUUCUGGCACUCGUGUUCCCUGUUAGCUUUCCAUUCCUUCUUUUUACAGUAGCCAUAUAGAAAAACAUCAUAGCUAUACUGUUCAUGAAAAUUAAUAAAAUUUAGCAGUAAACCACCUCACCACUGACUUAUUCUUUCUUUCACAUCUUUCAAACCCCUGAUGCGGACCACAACUAAAUGGUUCUUCAAAGCUUUCCCCAAAACAUACUUUCAGACACUAACUUGCCAGGAACUUUAGCCUUCAAUUAUAAUAUGCCCGGCGGGGGGAUUGGCCAUGUCUAACAUGGCUCUUGUUGUAACUGUUUUCGGUUGAUUCAAACCUGUAUGAGACAAUAAAACUAACAAGGUCAUUAAGUAUCUUUAUAUGACUUUAUUGCUUUUUAGAUAAUCAUUAGAUUUGGCUGAGUAUUUUUCUGGUCGAGUAAAUUGUUUCAUGUCAAGUCUUUUGCUUUGUAAAAUCUGGUAAAGUAUCAACUCAGAAUUCAAAAACAGUUCAGCUUUGGCAACACAUGUUAUCUGUACUAAGGGGACAUUCUGAAAACAAACUGAUAUUGACACCUUGAAACUGAGGUAUCUGAAAAUGCUGCAAUGCAACGGUGAAUUCAUAACUGAUGACAAUCUUACAAUGUCAACGCACUACUGAUAAGUUAGAUAACAGUUAACUCACAAUGUUUAUGACAUUAAACCAACAUUAAUUAUGAAGUACUGUCGUAUGAUAUACGGAUGAUUCCCUUAUAUUCUAAUAUUGUCAUAUAACAUAAAGGAUGAUCCCCUAAUUUUCUAGUAAUUCCAGAUUCAGUCCUGAAUUUUGACAAAGUAAUUCUGCAGGGGUAUUAAUAUAUUGUUAUUACGAUUGAUUGCCAUGCACAACUAAAAUGCAGUGCUUUUUCCAACAGAAUUUAAAGUUGGAGUUCUUUUUUGUUAAUAUCAUGACAAUACUUCAGAUUUAGCAAAGAUCCAUGAAACAAAGGUUGCGUUUGUUUGAGAUUUGUUAUGUGUGACUUGCAAUUUGAAGUCCUAAAAGCGUCUGCAAAUUACGUAUUGUUGCUAAUUUCAUGCGUGGGGCACUUUAAUAUUUAUUCCGUUUUAACCACAGGGUCUAACUGGUGAUUGCAAUAUGCGAUGCAACGUCGAAUUUAUCAUUCCAUUAUCAGCUUGAAUUUAUGGUAAUUUAUGGUAUCUUGACAACAAUCUACAUAUAUGAUCGUACGAUUUUCUUUUACUUCUUUCUGAUUUAGUCAUUGAUUAAGUCAUACAUUUUGUAUAUCAGCAUAAUCGUAACGAACUAUCAAUUGAAAAUCGGGUUUUCCGGUUAGGCUCUGUGUUCAUCAUUAUAUCUGGCACUUAUCAGCUUGUGCGUUUAGUUAUGUGUGGUAAUAAACUGUCUUAUAAAGGUUUGCUGCUUUUGAUUCUUAUAUUUACUAUUUUCCUACGGUAAGAAACGAAACGAGACAUUGUCUUUAUUGCAAUAGCUUAUGCAACUACUGUUUGUUACGCAAUUUAUUUAGCAUUACAACAAUAUGAAAUGACUUCACUGAUCGCACGUAACUGUAUUGAUUACAUACUGGUACUUGUUUUUACUCUCCGUUGAGUUACUGAGGAACUAUAAGACGUCAAUAUUUUUCAGUAUUGACGUCCGAAGUUCAUAUCGGGAAUUAGACGUCAUUUUAAUGCGUUUCAUCGCCUUCAAAGUUUCAUUUACUUCAAUACUGUCAAUUCUGUUAUAAGCUUUGCAUUUAGAAACAUGCACUCGUUCUCUGAAGAACCCGUUCAAUUUCUCAAAACAAAGCUAAGCUAAAAACCUGUAAGUGCUUGAACUUAUUUUUACUAUUUAAUAGUUGGUGGCAUCGCCAGUCAGUUGUAUUGAUAAGUAAAUUCAUUAAAUAUUUGUUUUUCUGCCUUAUAUGUUAAGCAUAAUAAGUCGGUGCUACUGUGUGUAUUUUGCAUUGAAUGUAUUGCAUGCUUUGUGCUCUUUGAUAACGCUUGUUUUGACAUAUUUUUUAUGAUUAUACAUACAUAUAUUUACUGAAAUAUUCAAUAUGUAUGCUACCUAGCACCAUGACUCAGUAAGCCCAAACUAACCUUGAAGUAAAACUGCACUGUGUAUGUGGAGAAUAAGCAUGAAAUGUCCUCAUUAAUGUAGUUUUGAAAUUUUGUUAUGAAACCUUCCAGUUAACUUAUAGUACACUGAACUAUUUUGUUGUAACAGUAAAUUCCAUAUAAAUGUACUGAAAAUGUUGUCUGCACUUAAAUUAUAUGUUACAAAUAAUUUUCUGGUGGCAUUUUUGCAAGUCAUGCUAUUUAUAUCUACACUGUUUUCGACGAAAUGAAUAAUAGAGUAUUAAAGACAUAAAUUGUA